CCCAGCGCCGGUUGGAAGCGCGGUUUGAAGGUUGCACAUUUACGACGUUAGACUGGUACGCGAGUCACAAGUCCAACUGAGCUACUUUCUAGUGAACUCUUAUCAGCAGUUUUUGAGUGUGUGAUUGUAUGUGUGUACUUCCACGCAGCCUAUCAUAGGCUCCGGUGUUUUAUCUCACGUAUUUAUUUGGAACGACCUGGUCGACCAUCUCGGUUUGGAACUUGUCCAACUGGUAACCAGGCAACGCAGUCCAAACACACACAAGGUGCCAAUUUCUCCAGCAGCAGCGUCCGAUAAUACGCUGCUCGGUCGAACUUUACAAUAUUUCUACGGGCUGCGUUGUUUCUAAUAUUAUACAUCACAAACUCAAUACCAAAUGUCGGAAAUGUCAGAACUUUUGGUGUCCAGGCCUCAUUUUGACAGCCGGUAUGUGGCGCAAGAAGGGCAGCCUCUGAAAGACCCCGAGGCGACAGUCAAGGAAGACUUUUACCCGUCCUCUGGGCUAGCGACCGCGGGAUUCCGGUCCGCCAAAUACACCACGGAAGAGUGGCACUCCAACAACUAUUCCAUCCUCCACCAAGCCGUUAACGACCGGAACCAUGCCGAGAAGAUUUGCCUCGAGUCGAAAGCUUUCAGCUCGGCGGCGGAGGCCGAGAGUCUGCGCGCACAGUCGGAGGGCACGCGGCACCUGGGAGAGAGACUACAAGACAUCCACUUCUGGAAGUCCGAACUGCAGCGGCACAUCGAAGAGCUGGUGGCCGAGACGGACCUCCUUCUGGGGCUGAAAAGACGUCUGGAGAAGGCGCUGGACACCACAGAGAUACCCUUCGCCAUCGCCACCGACAACCUGAGCUGCCGGGAGCGGCGGCUGGGACCGGACCUUGUCAAAGACCGCGUGGAGGAGGAACUUAUCAAGGAGGUGGAUCUCAUCAAAAGCAUCCAGUCGCUGCUGAAGAGAACUCACAGUCAGGUCGUCAGUCAGAUUAAGAGUAACAGGGAAGCUAAGCAGACCCUGGAGCUGGACUGGUCUGAUAAGGAACAGGCCUACAGCCUUGAUGAACAGUGUGGCCGCUUGAACAACAUGAGCUCACACACACAGUACCACGCCAGCUCUGCUGCAGCACAGGACCAGGUGAGUAACGGCAAGGCCUGGGUGAGCUCCACGCGGGCGGGCGUGGCGGGGGCGUUGCGUGAGGAGCGGGCCAGCGCGGAGCUGCGGGGGCUGGGGGGGCGCGUGCUGCUGGACACGGCCGAGGACCUGCGCGCCCAGAGCAGCUGCGUGGAGCGAGCCUUCAGCCACCGCUGCCAGGAGAUCAGCCUCGCACAUAGCCAGCUGGAGACACACCUGGGGGAGGUCCUGCAGCAGGUGGGGGCCCAGGAGAGGAGUGUGUUGUCCCUGCAGCAAAGUCUCCAGAACACCCAGCCCCCGCUGAGGGUGGCCCAGACCAGGCUGCACCUGCGCUCCUUCAGGCCCCACAUGGAGCUCUGCAGAGACCCGCCCCAGCUCAGCCUGGUGGAGGAGGAGGCCCAGAUCCGGGCCAGGAGGGACAGCCUGCAGCAGCAGCUGUCUGGGGCGCGGGCCUCGCUGGCCUCCCUGGAGCAGAGCCGCAUGGCUCUGGAGAAGGACCUGGGCUGUAAGAGGCACUCCCUGCUCAUCGACCUGCACAAGUGCCUGGCUCACCGUGCCCGCUACCCCUCCGUCACCGCCCUGUCGGGACACUGAGGCACCGCUCACACACACACACACACUUGUCUGUGUGUGUUGUGGUGUGUGUGAUUGAUAUAUGAUGCCCAUGUGAUAAUGCUGGGCUGUAGUGUGUGUGUGUGUGUGUGUGUGUGACAAGGGUGCUGUAGUGUGUCUGUGUGUGUGUGGUUGUCUUUAAAUGUUUUAGUUCAGGACAAACUAGGUUUUUGUGAUGUGUGGCUUCCCAGCUGUGUGUGGUGUCUUGUUGUGUAGUUGCUGCUGUUUUGUAGUCAGUAAUAAAGC